UCUGGCUGUAUGGUGACAGCAGAAGGUUGUGCUGCUCUGGCAUCAGCUCUGAGUUCAAACCCUUCACACCUGAAAGAGCUGGAUCUGAGCUACAAUCACCCAGGAGAAUCAGGAGUGAAGCUGCUCAAAACACUCAAACAUCUGGACAAACUCAAUGUGGAUCAUGGAGGAGAGUUCAGGAUCACAUCAGGACUCCACAAAUAUGCCUGUGAUCUCACACUGGAUACAAACACAGCAAACUAUCGACUCAUUCUGUCUGACGAGAACAGAAAAGUGACACAUGUGAUUGAGCCACAGUCAUAUCCUGAUCAUCCAGACAGAUUUGAUUGGCAUUGUCAGGUUCUGAGUGUUGAGAGUCUGACUGGACGCUGUUACUGGGAGACUGAAUGGAGUGGAGAUUUUGUUUAUAUAUCAGUGUCAUAUAAAGAAAUCAAGAGGAAAGGAAGGAGUCAUGACUGUGAGUUUGGAUGUAAUGUGAACUCCUGGAGUCUUGAAUACACUUAUGGCAGAUUCACUGCCCGUCACAAUCAUAAAGAAACUUAUUUAUCUGCUGGUUCAGUGUCCAGUAAGAGAGUAGGAGUGUAUGUGGACGUGUCUGGCGGCACUUUGUCCUUCUACAGCGUCUCUGACACACACAAACUCACACACUUACACACAUUCACACACACAUUCACUCAAACACUACACGCUGGAUUUACAGUUGGUCACUGCUCUUCAGUGUCUCUGUGUGACAUUAAACACACACAGACAUUAGUGGACACAGUGUGAGUGUAAUGAUGUGAAAGUGUUGCUGUUGUUGUGUGUGUUUUAAUCACAGGCUUCAGGAAGUUCAAUAUCAGACACACAAGACAGUUUCCUGUUUCAGAUCAUCAGGAUGAAGAUGUUUCUCCAGUCAGAGACACUUUCUGUGUUUCUGUCCAACACAAAUCACACACUCACACACACAAAUAAAAUCACAUGUCAUAUUUACACUGUUGUAUCAUAUUACAAGACUGUUUAUACAAAUGAGCUUUAGACUGUAUUUGAAUUUGUUUUGACUCCUGAAACUCAAACAUUAUUAACCCUCUGAACCGCUUCAUUUUUGGGUCACACUUACAGUCAGAGUCAAAACAGACUGAAUAUAACAGACUAU